AUUUUGGGAAGAUUCAUGUUUUGCUUCUCCUGCGCUGCCGUGACUGCGUAUAAGUACCAAUAAUAUUCGGAGUGAGGGAGACCGCGCUCCUAACGUUUCUGAUUUUAGCGCAACAAAAGGAUACUCCACGGAAGAGCCGUAGCCGACAACGUCUGUUUUUUUCCGUUGUUACGACUGAAAUCGUCUAUGUGUUGUGUGUGCGUGGCCUAGUGCACCACUCUAACAUCGCAUUAAUUACACCGAUUGUGGCCGUUGCAGGGUGUGUGGAGAUAGCAUUAACGACUGCUUUUGGACGGAUAGGGCUCGAUUAGUAUUCUGGCCAGGAAAGCGCCGCUCAGGCAGUUGGAACGCGGCACUUCUGUUCUGUUGGCGUCAGACAUUCUAAUGAGAGCACACAGAGCUCGGGUUCAAUCGGGGACACGAGCCGAGCGGGCUGCCAUGCAGAAGGAAACGGAACACGGCAACAGAACUGAGCUAUAGCCGCCGCACACAGUCUGCCUCUCCCGCAAUGUCUCGGUUAACUGCUCAUAACGAGCACGAUGUCGGUAUUAUCGAUUUGUUAUAAUUGUGAAUACGUGUCUGUUUAUGUAAUUGUUUAAUCAAAAUAUCAUGCGUUGUUUUUGGAAUAUUUUAAGAAGAAAAGCGUGGAUUGUGACGUUGAAUAUAACAGCAGCUCUAUUUAAUGUUAUCUGUGAAAUAAAUCCGUCCACAUUCGGUGAGCUGCAGCACCACGUCGCCCUGCAGCUCCGCCUCUCAAUUUAAACGGAUUGCUGGUUUCGUCUGCCCCCUGUCGUCCAGACGUAGCCUAUGAAGAUAUCUGUAUUCUGUUUGUAUUUCUGUUUGAGUAAAUCCAAAUCCAUGAUUAUCAUAUGCCCAUAUAUAGGUAAUUACAGAUCAAGGUCUGAUAGUGGAGUUGUCAUGAGAAUUUCUCACUCAGUAUCCAUGCAUGGAUGAUAGGCCUGUGCUUGCACAAUGAGGAACAGAAGUUUAUGGGUUUGAAAUAUCCAUCUGACAAUUAGAGAUAUUUAAACGGCAUGUUUACAAAUAAGUUCUAACACAAUUAAUUAUAAUAUGCCACAUGUAUAUUCCAUGUAUCAUAGCCGUUGGUGUAAUCAACCCACACCGUCACUCUCUUUAAAAUGUCCGGUAUUUUGCACCUAACUGCUUUAGGCACACGUGGGUCUAUUUUGGGGUUUCAAUCACGGGCUAGCAAAAUUGGGCCAAUCCACAGAUUUCCAAGCCGUGAGUUCUCAUCACUUGAAAUAUUCCUCCAAGUAAACUCACGUGAAUCAAGGUUUAAAAAAAUUAUUUUUUUAUUAUUAUUAUUUACAUGUAGCCUACUCACAUACAACAGCAGCUCUGUACGGGUGCCGUGCAGACAUGUGAGAGGCAUUUAGCAUCACGCAAGGGAAUGCUAUCAUUAGUUAUGGCCAUGGUCUUUGUAAGUCACUAUUCUAUUCUUAUUAUUGUUAGUUGUGGAUAGCCUGAUUUUUUUAGUUUUCAGAUGGUGUGUGGCCGCGUAGCUACUGACCGUCAAGUCAAACACGUUCUCUGUCACGACCGUGUCCCUUUUGUCUGACGGCCAAGUUCUGUUAUGGCACAAGCUAACACUGUUUAGCCGUUGUGGUAUGCGCAUUUAACCUAGUUAUUAAGCAUAGCUUUUCAAUUUUGGACAAUGUUCAACCAGGGUUGAGAAGAAUGAAUCGGAAUCUGCUGUAGUCUGGACACACAAAAGUUAAACGAGGUCAAAACAAGUUUCUCGUAAAACGGAGGAGUUAGAAGUAGCCUACUUUCGAAUCUGUCCUGACUGUAACAUUUCUCAAAUUUUAUUACUCUUUCAAGGAAUGUUGUUGUGUCACCUUUGCCCUCGCAGUGAGGAGGGGGGUGGACGCGGCACACUCAUGUUUAGGAAUGCUUGGGAAAUUUGUGACAGCGCUUGCCCACUCCCACCCCCUGUGUCCGACCACAGACGAGCUGCAGUCUCAGGCCAAGCUGGUCGCUUAAUAGGUGGCAGCACAGCGACAUGGUCUGUGGAGGGACGGAGGCAUGCAAGUCGGAAGCAACAGCGAUCUCCGCCGCUUCCUCCUGCGGCUCUGCCUCCUUGUCUUGCCACUUUUCCUGGUCCUGCAACUGCUGGUCGGACUGAAGGUUCCGAAUGCUCGCCGAGUCGGUUCCUCAGAAGAAUUUGGCUUUACCAUCAUUAGCAUCGCGAGUGGUCGUGGUGCCAUCUCGCCGGACAAGAGUUUCCAGGCAAGGGCCGCUGAGAGUGGGGGGCCGGAGUUGUGGGACGAGGAGGUGGGGCCAAGGACGGUCUCUGGCCCGAACGGGUAUGAGGAUGAAAACGAAAUGACCACACGGCAGGGGCGUGCUGGCCGGCAGGUGGAGCUACAGCCUUGGGCGGCUGGGCAGCCAUCAUUCACAGCAGAAGUGGAGCGAUUCAUCUCUUAUAUCACCACCCCGCAGGCGCACUGCACGCAGACGCUUGUUCCAGCUGACCCCCAGGGCGAGCGGACUUCAGAAGGCCUGUGGACUCUGUGUGUGGAGGGCUGGACUCUGCCAGCAGCAAAGCUGCAAUCAUGUGUUGCUUACUCCUUCAGUUUGGGACAAAAGGACGAGGCGUUUGUGAAGAGGAUGUUGUGGGCAGGGUGUGAGGUGCACCAGUUUGACCCAGGCAGGAGGCAGCUGCCUGCUCCCGGCCCGGUCCACCGCCACCACACCUGGCUGGAUUGGCGCAGCCCUCGUGACAGCCAGCAUGCAGCGCUCAGGGACGCCACGCCCAGAAAGCUUAGCGCCAUCAUGGAUGCACUGGGACAUGGCAAGGUCCAGUUCAUCAAUGCAGACCUGGAGAGUGCAGAAUGGAAAGUUCUGGAGAGCUGGGUCAUGGACGGCACCUUGGGUCGGAUCCAGCAGCUGGUUCUGACAGUACACCUGCAAUGGGCCGGUUUUGAGGUCGGGGGCAAUAAUGCAGAGGUGAUAAGGUUCUGGUACAGCGUGAUUCAGGCACUGCACAUGGCCGGGUUCCGCCUGCUGCACAGCUUCCAAGGACCGGGUCAGACCAUACUGGGGCAUACUCUGCCAGACAUGCACAGCACCUACACUCUAAGUUGGGUCAACACUAGGGCACACCACUAAGUCUUACUUUCUCCAAAAAAAAUAUUAAACAUCUUCAGGGAUCCAUACACGAAAUGCAACCGUGACAAGUUUUUGCCAGUGUUUUGUUGCAGCUCUGAAUUUCGUGAGCUUUCUCCUGUUAUGUCGCGGUUGUCGCAUCCCGGAACUGAACAUCAUGUACUGCAGAUUAAGUACCAGAGCCUAGCAGGAGCUACUGCCUCUAGUGCCAGUGGACGGUAUUGUCGUUACUUUGUCCUGCCCCACGUCCUAAGGGAGUGGAAUGUUUGAGACAUCGGAAUGUUUUGACCUCAUGUGGGAUCUGUGGCCGAUGAAGUGGAGACCGAGUUUUCAUACACGAGGAACUUUUUCGUGUCUAAUUCAAAAUGGUGUCAAAUAAUCGGUGGCCGUUUUUGAGCUGAAAAUUUGGAGGGGCAGACAACUUUCCUUUAAACUGAUCGUUGGUCUCGAACUGUUUUGAUUAAUCACUGUAUUGAUAAUGAAGAAAAAUGACAGAACAGGUUGAAAUCAAUAAUCAGUUUAAGGGUAAGUUUUCUGCCCCACCAAUUUUAAACUCACCACCGACCACUGAAAAUAAUCUCUUGGAAGUUUGAAUUGUUCCAAAUAUGUUUCUGAUUUUUGUACAUUUUGUAAAUGUGUGCCGUUUGUGAUGCCUAAAUAAAAAUCUGCCUUGGAAUGUUCGCAAAAAUGAA